AUGAGGCUCUCCUUCGGUCCUAUUUUAUCUUUAUUGAUAACUACCUUGUUCACGGUUGUUUCCAACAGCAAAGGGAUUUCAAAUCAUGAAAGAGGCCUAACGUACGCAAGGAAUUCGACAUUAUCUCCAAAACACUUGACUAAAUUAGUGCUUGGAAAUAGCGACACUUGUAUUCCGUCAGGUUGUUUACCAAAGGGCGCAGUUGAUUGUGGAGAUGGUACUUACUGCGACGAGGGCGAAAUAUGCGUUCCGGAUGGAUGUAUUCCAGCGGGUGCGGUCGUCUGUGGAGAUGGUUCUUACUGCAACAAGGAAGAAUAUUGCUGUGACCCCGAAAGCUGCUGUCCAAAUUAA